GUUGAGUCGGGCGGAGCUACUCUAGGCGUGCGGCCGCGCCUGUAGCUUGGAGUCGCUUCCGGGUUGCGCGCCGGAAGCAGGAAGUUAUCGGUUUCCCUUUCUCGCCCGGCGGCUGCGGUCCCCGAGGCGGGAGGAGCCCGAGAGGCGCGGGCCACGUAUGGAUUUUGCAUUGGAAGACAUGGAUCUUGCUGCCAAUGAGAUCAGCAUUUAUGACAAACUUUCAGAGACUGUUGAUUUGGUGAGACAGACAGGCCAUCAAUGCGGCAUGUCCGAGAAGGCAAUUGAAAAAUUUAUCAGACAGCUGCUGGAAAAGAAUGAACCUCAGAGGGGGCCCCACCAGAACCCUCUCCUUACAGCUGUGUAUAAGGUCCUUGCAACCCUGGGAUUAAUCUUGCUCACUGCCUACUUUGUGAUUCAACCUUUCAGCCCAUUACAACCUGAACCAGUGCUUUCUGGAGCGUAUACCUGGCGCUCACUCGUCCAUCACAUCCGGCUGAUGUCCUUGCCCAUUACCAAGAAAUAUAUGCCAGAAAAUAAGGGAGUUCCUCUGCAUGGGGGCGAUGAAGACAGAUCCUUUCCAGAUUUUGACCCCUGGUGGACAAACGACCGUGAGCAGAAUGAGUCAGACCUUAUCCCUGCCAACUGCACUGGUUGUGCCCAGAAAUUACCCCUCAAGUUAGUGCUCCUGGAAGAUGUCCCAAAGGAAUUUGAGAGACUCCAUCCUCUGGUGAUCAAGACGGAACGGCCCCUGUUGUCGGAGGACAUUCAGCAUUUUGUGUGCCAGUACCCUGAGGUGACAGAAGGCUUCGAGGAAGGGUUUUUUGCCAAGUGGUGGCGCUGCUUUCCUCACCGGUGGUUCCCAUUUCCUUAUCCGUGGAGAAGACCUCUGAACAGAUCACACAUUUUACGUGAGCUCUUUCCUGUUUUCACCCACCUCCCAUUUCCAAAAGACGCCUCCUUGAAAAAGUGCUUCUUUCUUCAGCCAGAACCUAUUGUGGGCAGUAAGAUGCAUCGGAUGCAUGACCUGUUCGCCCUCGGCAGCGGGGAGGCCAUGCUGCAGCUCAUCCCGCCCUUCCAGUGCCGCAGACACUGCCACUCCAUGGCCGUGCCGCUGGCGCCCGGCGACAUCGGCUAUGCCGGUGCCGCCCACUGGAAGAUCUACGUUGUAGCCAGAGGGGUCCAGCCGCUGGUCCUCUGUGACGCGACCGCCCUCGCAGAGCCAUAGGAACGCGGUGCGGAGGAACGGUUUGGAGGUGAAGACCGGAUUGACAGGAGGAAAUAAUUAUUUUUUAAAAAACAAUGGAACCACUUUCCAGGGGUUGGCUACUUGGUUCCCUGCCCUGUGCAUGCCUGUGUGAGCCAGCUGCUGGCCAGCGCUCUGCCAGUACCCGUUUGGGAGAGACUGGGCUCCGCCAGGUCUUUUGGCCCCGCAGCCUCAAGGCCACGCUCCCAGCGAGGACUGGAUGGUGCCCCCCUCACAUGCACAGCGACCCCCUCUGCGGCCCAGCCUCACAGCCAUCCUCUGCUGGGCCCUCGUCCGUCUUCCCGGCCGCACCACCCCGUGCUGUCAGGGACACCAUGGCUGAUGAAAGAAGUCAUUGCCGUUUCCCAAACAGAACGAACGACUCGAGGACCACUGAGAGAAGGUCAAAUAGCCUCAAAUCGCACUCAAGAAGUGAACUUGCCCAGCGCCCGUGGCUCUCAGGGUCUCGGCGAUGCCAGGCUGGAGUGGAUUACAAUUGAAACGGUUUCUCCUAAAGUCAUGCUUCUCCAUUUUAUCUUUUGGCUCUUCCCCCUGCUCUUUCCCCCUCCCUCGGCCGCCUGGCUGAGUUCUCAGCACUUAGGCUCCUGGUCCCCCUCCCUGGACAGGCCAGAGACCUUGCCCGCUGAGGCAGCACCAGGGCCGCGGGCUGUGUUCUCUUACCAGUGCCUUCGGGGGGGAGCUAGAUGCUGGCCGGUGGCGGGCGCCUCCCGGGCCUGAUCCUCAGGGUCUGACUGCAGGGAAGAUGUUUUACAGAUGUGUCAAGCUGAUGUAAUGUGGUUGGGGAAGGAAUUCCAGACCCACAGUGUUUGCCAGCUGGGUGUGCGGCUCUGUGGUCCUGUGUUACAAUGGUCUGUCUCUCUGUACUGGGAACAAGGUGAGGUUUUUAUUUUUUGUAACAAUAUACAGCCGGUUCCUUUUGGUUGGAUAAUUCACUAUGCUCGUUGUUUCCCUUAAGUGCUGUAUUAAUCAAAUGAUGUAAAUUA